GGAAGACAAAGUAAAGAACACGUUUUGAACAGCAAUCUAUCUUAAACAAGUAAAGGAUUUUUUUCUGCAUAAUGGGGGUGCCCCCUUGUGAUAGCUGCCCCUAUACACCUGCAUGUGGUCCCUGGGGUCCGUGCAGUGUUACUUGCGGAGAUGGAAUUAUGUAUCAGCAGACCAUGAAUGGAAGCUGCAAGUCUCUUUUUCCAUGCAAUAAUGGAACGUGUUUAGAUAUCGCAACAUCGGUUGUCACCACUUUAAAGGCUACUACAAAUGAAUUUGAAAGCGAGGAAUCGAGUGAAACCGUUGCCACGACCUCCUCAACUGACAUAGUCACGACUGGGCCUACCGGGUCAACCACUUUGGCAAAAGCUUCUACAAAUGAAUUUGAAAGCAAGGAAUCGAGUGAAACCGUUGCCACGACCUCUCAAACUGACAUAGUCACGAAUGGGCGUACCGGGUCGACCACUUUGGCAAGAGCUACUACAAAUGAAUUUGAAAGCGAGGAAUCGAGUGGAACCGUUGCCACGACCUCUCCAACUGACGUAGUCACGAUUGGGCGUACCGGGUCAACCACUAUGGCAAGAGGGACAGCAACGCAAGUUAACAACGUUACAAAUGGAGCAACUGUGCCAAAUAUCUUCCCUCCUGUAGACCCCAUGCUGACGAUAAAGGUCGCAGUUCCACUUAUAGCAGCUGUUGUCCUUAUCGCUGCUGUUUUGGUCUUCAUUUUUCUUCGAAGAAAACGUCGAAAUGGUGCUUCUCAGUUAGCUAAUGCUCUGGAUUCACUUGAGAACGUACCCGGUGAAGGAAAAAACCCGUAUUCUGCGGGCAACGUAGCGUUCACUCCGGGCUAUGACAUGACAUUGAAGGAUAGGGAAUAUAAUUACGUUCAAUCCCAGUCUUCCGAAAAGGGUUUGAGCGAUUAUACGAACGCAGAACCUACUAAGAGUCAUCAAGCUUCAGAAGAAAACGUCGGAGGUAUGAAAAAUGCGGCUGCUUCGUCAGAUACCGAGUAUGAUUACACUUGUGCCAAACAAAUAACUCUCGUUGGUCAUGACCAGGCGGUCUAUAAUCAUCUGAGCAUCGGACAACCAUAGUGAUGAAAAAUCCUUCGAUCACCUUCCAAACCCAGACCAGGCCCUACCAAGAGGUAACUCACAACUUUUGCGUUUAAACACAGAGACUAAGCGUACGAUCAUUUUCCGCAAUAAUAUUUUAAACAACAAAAUGACUGACUAUUGAUCAUGUUUAACCUAUUUAUAAACAAUGCGCAUCAUCUGCAACUGAAUGAAAUUUUGUGCAAAACGUGCAAGAAUAAUUGUAUGUGAUCUGUGUAUACAUUAUGUUAACAAGCACUUGGGAUUAAAAGGAUCGAAACUAAUCUAGUAGAAACCAUAAAAACCGGACAAAUUGUCCUAUUCAUUUUAUUUCCAUAUAUAAAUAAAAUAUAUAUAAGAAACCAAAUACAAAUACCGGUUAGACUUUAGUUCAAAAUUGGGUCCGGUUCGGUUUUUUUUUUUAAAUAUACAUAACUAUAUCUCUUACAAACCGGAUACCAAUCAAAACCGAAAAUCGGUCAUAUUUUGGAUGAAAAUGGGGUCAUGUCAACAGACCGAAUACCGGUCAUAAUUUAGUUCGAAGUUUAGUCUGGUUCAGUGUUUUCCAUUUAUAAAUAUACAGGAACUAUCUCUUACAAACCGGUUACCAAUCGAAACCGAAUACAGGUCAUACUUUGGAUCGAAAAUGAGGUAUUCAAUAAACAAAGCUGGUUUUAUUUGUAAUUCGAUUUUACAGUACUGCCCCUUUAAUUUUUUUAAUUUUCUAUUUUACAGUAUUGCCCCUUUAAUUAUAUUGGAUUUUUUUGGACGUCGUCGUGUAAUCGCUUCUAAAUUACGUCAUCCGAUCCACUUUCACUGUUUUUGGCUAUAUGCAUAUGUCAUCGGGUUUAUAUCGUUAAACUUUAUUAAUAUUUUCUCUCUGACGGGCGUUUCUUGUUUGAUUAAUUUUAUUUUUUAUCAGUCACAAAAACAACCAAGCUAUGUAAUAUGGAUUUUGUACACCCAUUAUUCUGUUUCUAUUUGCACGAUGAUGAUCUGAAAUAUUAACUAUAUGAUGCUAUAUUAUUAAAUCUUUUUCUAAAAAGAAGGGAUGUAGUUGAUACUUGUUCGUAAUUUCAUUUCAUUGUUCCUCAAAACGUUGUAACUCUGUUGCUCUGGUCUCCUUCCUACCAUUGAGUAAUUAAAUUGUAAUUAAAUUGAAUGCGUUUUAAUUCCCUUUUAUUAUUGUUUAAUUUGAGUUGCAAUGGUAUGAGGUAUAAUUUUAUUUACACUUAUAUGUAUCAUGAAUAUUGCUGGGCCAAGUGCGAGGUUGAGCGCUCUAAAACCGGUUUAAACCCUCAUUGCUAUGCAUUGACCGUUCCAAGGCGGUGACCCCAGCUUUAUUCUUCUAUGUGUGUAUAUUGUUUCGUAUUGUGCUGUUUCGUACUGUUUUGGCAAUUGGUCACUUGCCUUAAAUAAAGGACCAACUAAUUGUAUAUAAUGAGAAUGCAAUACUGCGCCAGCAGCUGGAGUUUCACUUCUUUAUAUUGUCAACAGUAAGUGUACCGUUAACGACUUUGUUUUUUGCAUGCCUUAACAGGUUUCAAAAGCUUGUGAACUGCCGACGCGAAAUUAAUACAGACGCUAGAAACUUAUACAAACUGUAAAUCUCGCAAAUUCAUUUAAAGCCACUAUUAAUGCUUUUAAUGAAUACCGGUCGAUGGCAAAAAAGAAGGUCACCAAACAAACACAUUGAAAGGGUCAAACUUGAAAUAGAAUAUGCAACAUAAAGCAUACAUCAACAAAAACAAAAACUUAAUGCAAUUAUUUGCGCCCACUUGAAACGAACGUUAGCAAUUACUCAAAUACAGUGAAAUUCAUGUGUUGUUUUGUUUCAAAUAUACGAGAUAAUAACUAAGACCAUAAUAAUGUUAUGAUACAUGCAUGUUUCGAAAACUCAAUAGAAAUUGGAAACAUUUCUCAGCGUUGAUGCUAACGAUAAAAUUAAUUAACAUUCAAUUAAACACAAUCGUAUGCACAAUAAAUAUGUAUGUAUUUAAGAAUCGACAUGUAUUUAGAAAAAGAUGGGCCAUUGCAUUGCCAUUGUUAUGGGAAUUGCAAUAGUUGUUUUUUUUAAUGUUAUGAUCGUAACUUUAAGUAAAUAAACCAUAUUAUAUAUCUACGUUUAAUGAUUAAUUGCAUGAAAUAGGACAUCAUAUCAUUGUGUAAUAUUGUCUCUUUGU